CAGGCGCGGAAGCCGCAGGAGGCGCCGAUUCCAGUCCCACUUUCCCGGCUUCCUCUGCCUUCUCCUUGCACACUGGGUUACGGUUGUAGGUGACUCUUGCUCCAACCCCAGGGGGCCGGUGGCAGGUGACCAUGGAGCGGGCGCAAGGUGCCGAGCAGCAGGCGCCCGAGGGGCCGGCCCAGAGCGAGGCUCCGCGAGGGCCCCAGGAGGACCAGGGGCAGCUCCUCUAUCGCGAGGAAACUAUUGAUCUCGGUGGAGACGAGCUGGGGUCAGAAGACUCGAAUCACUUAGUGGACAAGCUCGAUGAGCCCAUGAUGGAGAGCGUCCUCAUCUCUGAUUCCCCGAACAACAGCGAGGACGGCGCGGGGGACCUGGGUUGUUUGCAGGAUGUCGUGGAGACCGCAGAAGGCGGCGCAGAUCGCAGACGGGAAGGCGGCGUCGGUGAAGAAGCGCUGGACGCUCUGAGUGAGGACGGUGAAAGUGAGGGAGAGGACACACCUAAAGGCGUCUCGGACAUGACCCCCGACAGCGGAGCAUCGUUGAAGGAGGGCCCAGAGCAAGAGGAGGUGAAAGACCUGCCCGCCUUUGAGCACGAGGCUGCAGAGGACUUGGGCCCAGGGCACGUGAGGGCGCCCGCGGCGGGGCCGGCACUGUCCCCCCAAGACGAGCCGGUGCCCGUGUGCACCAUCUUCAGCCGGCCGCCGCCCGCCGGCUCGCAGCCCCAGGUCCUGCGCGACGGCUUCGAGUCCCAGAUGGUGAAGUCGCCCAGUUUCAGCGGCGCGAGCGAAGCGGCCGCCAGGACCCCUCCUCAGGUGGUCCAGCCGAGCCCCAGCCUGAGCAAAUUUUUCGGCGACACAACCAGCACUAACUCCUUGGCCUCAGACUUCUUUGAUUCCUUCACGACCUCCACCUUCAUCUCCGUCAGUAAUCCCAACGCCAGCCCUUCGAUUCCGGAAAGCUUGUCUUCACUCGCCGCCACCCCGGUGGGAGAAAACUCCCUGGGCUCUGCCGCCCCUUCGUACUCCCCAGGGACGGAAAGAUCAGAGUCAGGUGUUUCCACAGCUUCUCUGGAAAUUCCUCAGUCUCCAAAACCGUUUUCGCAGAUCCAGGCUGUGUUUGCCGGGAGCGAGGACCCCUUUGCCACCGCCCUGAGCAUGAGCGAGAUGGACCGGAGAAACGACGCCUGGAUUCCCGGGGAGGCGACCAGGAGCGCGCUGAUGUCGGUCACCACCCAGCAGUACAGCACGGUGUUCGUGGGCAAGGAGGACCUCACCAUGCCGGGCCUCAAGUUCGACAACCUCCAGGGAGAUGCAGUUAAAGACUUAAUGCUUCGCUUCCUGGGUGAAAAAGCUGCAGCAAAGAGACAGGUCUUAAACGCCAACUCGGUAGAACAGUCUUUUGUUGGAUUGAAACAGCUCAUUAGCUGCAAGAACUGGAGGGCAGCCGUGGACCUGUGCGGGCGGCUCCUUACGGCCCACGGCCAAGGCUACGGCAAGAGCGGGCUGCCGACCAGCCAUACCGCCGACUCCCUGCAGCUCUGGUUCGUGAGGCUGGCGCUGCUGGUGAAGCUGGGCCUGUUCCAGAAUGCCGAGAUGGAGUUUGAGCCCUUCGGAAACCUGGAUCAGCCAGAUCUCUAUUACGAGUACUACCCGCACGUGUACCCUGGGCGCAGGGGCUCCAUGGUCCCCUUCUCGAUGCGGAUCCUACAUGCGGAGCUUCAGCAGUACCUGGGGAACCCCCAGGAGUCGCUGGACCGGCUGCACAGGGUGAAGGCCGUCUGCAGCAAGAUCCUGACAAACUUGGAGCAGGGCCUGGCGGAGGAUGGCAGCAUAAACAGCAUGGCCCAGGAGAACAGACAAGCCUCCGUGCAGCUGUGGCGGUCCCGCCUGGGCCGGGUGACGUGCUCCAUGGCCAACUGCCUGCUGCUCAUGAAGGAUUACGUGCUGGCCGUGGACGCGUACCGCUCGGUCAUCCAGUACUACCCGGAGCAGGAGCCCCAGCUGCUGAGCUGCAUCGGCCGGAUCUUCCUCCAGAUUGGAGACAUAAAGACAGCUGAAAAGUACUUUCAAGACGUAGAGAAAGUAACACAGAAACUGGAUGGACUGCAGGGUAAAAUAAUGGUUUUAAUGAACAGAGCUUUCCUUCACCUCGGUCAGAAUAACUUUGCAGAAGCCCACCGAUGCUUCACAGAGAUUCUAAGGAUUGACCCAGCAAAUGCGGUGGCCAACAACAAUGCAGCCGUGUGCCUGCUCUACCUGGGCCGACUCAAGGACUCACUGCGGCAGCUGGAGGCCAUGACCCAGCAGGACCCGCGGCACUGCCUGCACGAGAGCGCGCUCUUCAACCUGACCACCAUGUAUGAGCUGGAGUCAUCCCGGAGUCUGCAGAAGAAGCAGGCCCUGCUCGAGGCCGUGGCCAGCAAGGAGGGGGACUGCUUCAACACGCAGUGCCUCAAGCUGGCCUAGUUCCCGCCUGACGCCCGAGCCGACCAACCCCCUGCCCUGGCGUCUGCGAGCCGGCCUUCUCCACCCAGCCGAGGCCCAGGCCGCUCCAGCCGUUUGCACACGCGGGGUGAACGUGACCCGAGGGAGGGGGUCCAGGGCGCCUCGGCCCCUCCAGUGCAUUCCUGGAAGCUGACCUGCUUCGUGUGCUAAGCUGAGCCACGUAACACAAACCAUUCUCGCUCCAAGCCUGAAUGUUCUAGAGGAUUCACAGAUAGAUAAGGGGGAAGAGAGACCGUUCGUCCCCGCCCACGCCCCAAAGCGAACCGCGUCCACUCUGCUCCUCUGACCCUUCCCAGCCUGUGCUGGUCACCUCAGACGGGCCUGGUGACGGGUGAGCGGACCGGCCUUCCUCCUCCUGCACCUGCACAGCAGAGGGGGCGGGGGCGGGGACGCCUGGGGCUGGGUUCUAGAGAACUCGGGGCCCUACUGCACAGAACGAGGGCGGGCCUCACGGCGCAGUCACAUGUUCUCUCGGGUCUGAGGGUCAGGGCGUCUGCGGUCCUGUUUACACGGUCACUCCUGCCCUUAAAGUCUCUGAAGUACCUGAGUGCUUCUUCACUAAAGAACUCUGGGGCCAGGGUCCUUUAAAUAUCCAGCUAUUCUAAUACACUUUAAAAUGGAACUCACUUUAAAGACUCUGAGAUAAACAUCUAUUGCGUAAAGCAAAGCGAAGCUGUAUUUCUGGUCAUUUUUGUAAUAAAGUAAAAACACAAAUGCAGCAUCUACUGAGCAGAUGGUCCCAAUGGAAUUGUUGAAGUACAGAUUCAUUACACAUUAAAAUAAAUAGGAGAAAAAGAUGAGACCACCAAGAGGACUGUGGGAUACCAAGGAGGUUCUAAAAUCGUCUCUUUUCAAGAAGAAAGAUCAGAACUCCUUAUGUUUCAAAAGCCCCAAAAUACUCCAUUUUAAUUUCUUCACCUUGAGGGUUUUUCUUC